CAAGCGCAGCGACGGGGAAAACAAACUAAGCUUUUCCCGGAGGCUAGUUUCCCCUGGAACCUUUAAGGAAGUUGCGCCCACGCGCGGACACCUGUCCGUGGAGAACCGUGCUUCGGCUGCGGAGGUAAAAGUCCCGCUAAAUCGACGGCUGUGGCACUAAUUUAAGGGAUUAUUUUUCGAGGAACCGCGGAGGCUGACGGCGGUGGGAUGGGCUGUGAGUCGUUCAAGAUGGCGGCGCCCUGUGGAGUGCAUUUACUCUAGCAGAGUGGCCUGGAGACGGAAUUGGUGGGCGGGCCCCGGGAGUCCUCCAGGCAGACGGGGACGGACACUGUGAUCAGUUGUGGCCUCCUCCUCCUCCUCCUCCUCCCCCAGCACUGCCAUGGCCAGGGAGCAGCCCAACGUGGGGGAUCUCCUCCCACUGCUGGAGACCUCCGACCUCCACCAGCUAGAAGAGAUCAGAGGCCUUAUCAACGAGCAGCUCAGCACCGAGCGAGGUUCCAUGCUGCUGAACGGGCUGGUGGAUUUCUUUUUGGAAACCAACUCCGCCCACGCCAUGCACAUCCUGUCGUCUGUCAGAGAGCCCCACGAUAAGCACCUUCUAGACAAGAUGAACGACUGUAUGACCAAACCGGCCUGCCGCCUGCCCACACUCAUGCUGCUCGGCCACGUGGUCCGCAAGCAGCCGUCCUGGAUCCACAAGAUUGCUCGGUACCCGCUGCUGCUGUCGCUGCUGAAAUGCCUGAAGACGGACACUGAUGUAGUGGUGCUUAUAACCGGAGUUCUGGUGCUGGUCACUCUGCUGCCCAUGAUCCCUCAGGCUGGGAAACAGCACCUGUGGGAGUACUUUGACAUCUUUGGUCGCCUGGCGUCAUGGAACCUGAAGAAUCCAGGACACGUGCCUGAAGUUUACCUCAUCCACCUGCACGCCAGCGUCUACUCGCUGUUCCACAGGCUUUACGGCAUGUAUCCGUGCAACUUUGUGUCCUACCUGCGCUCGCAUUACAGCAUGAAGGAGAACAUGGAGACCUUUGAUGAGGUGGUGAAGCCCAUGCUGGAACAUGUUCGCGUUCACCCGGAGCUGGUAACCGGCACCAAGGACCAUGAACUCGACCCCACCAGAUGGAAACGGUAUGAAAUCCAUGAUAUCGUCAUUGAAUGUGCCAAAGUGUCUCUGGACCCUAAGGAAGCCUCCUGUGAGGAGGGCUACGCCACCAUGCCCGAGAACUUCUACCCCCAGAUCCACCUGAGAGCCCAGGACUGCACCUCCAGCCCGUACACGGAGCUGCACAGCAGCUUUGGAAGCUCUUCUUCAACCCCGUUCUCAACUCCACGCCAGCCGCUGCCCCCUCCCCUGUCUUUGCCCCCCGUCUCAGGGACACAGUUGACCUACCGCAGCCCACAGAUCUCCAGAAGACAGAACUCGACUUGUGACCUGAACUCCUCUUGUGGGAGCAAGGACCCCCUAUGGAGCCCCUCCUCCCUGUGCGGCAUGACCACUCCCCCUUCCUCUAGAGGCAUGUCGCCCAACCUGGAGCUGUCCCACAGUGCCUCACACCUUUCCAGCCGCUUCCACUGCACAUCAGCAGGUGGGAAGGGAACGCCGGCCUCCAGCACUCCUGCCACCUCCUCCCCCCCUCCAACCCUGACGGAGGACUUUCCUGCAGUCUCUCUACCAGCCAACACAGUCCAGUCCAGUCCGCCCAGAAAAGACCGUCGGCAGGAAGAAAGCAGCAAGCCGGUGCUGAUGAGGCAGGAAUCCGUCAAGGACCCAGAGAAACCGGGGGAGGCGCCUGCACACAGGGAAGCAGCAGAGAACAUUUCCAUGACGCUGACAGAGCUGUCUGUGUUCAUGAAGAAGCAGGAGCUUGACCUUCAGCUGAGGACGGAGAAGGAGAAGGAGGAGGCUGACAUCACAGAGGAGCUGCUGCAGCUCACCGAGGAGAACCAGGAGCUGCUGGGCCUCAGAGGCUUCGAUUCGCCCUUCUACCGCACCACCGAGACGCUGACGGGAACCCAGAGCAAAGGCCUCCCCAGCACCCAGCCCGGGGCCUCCAUCCUAGACCCCCACCGGGCUGCGUCCACACCUGACAAGGUCGAGAACUCCGUGGGCGUCGGCGCUGAAAGAGGAGUGGGCGGGGACAGCCGAGGUCUGGCCCUGGAUCAGUCCUGGUCCUUCCAGUCGGGGUUCACCCCCAUCGACCACCACCUGCACCACAGCCCCUCCGCCCACAAUGAAGAGGCAGCCAAGUUCAGCUUGUUCUCCCCCAGCCCGUGCAGUAAGACCCCCGCCCCACCACCCUACGAACCUUUUUUUGACCUGGCCCUGCCGAGGGCCGCCUCGCUGUUCGUGGGCAGGAAGACUUUAGAAGCUGUGAACAAAGCCGCCAUGCAGAGGCUGCUGCAGCGGGAGGAGCGGCUGGAGGACGGCGAGGAGGAGGGGCUUAUGCCCACGUCUCCGCUGGAGGUGCUCGACCGCCUUGUCCAGCAGGGGAGCGACGCACACGACAAAGUUCUCAAGAGAUUACCUUUGCCGAGUAAAUCAGCUGACUGGACACACUUUGGAGGCUCGGCUCCUCUGGACGAGCUGCACACGCUGCGCAGUCAGCUGCUACUGCUGCACAACCAGCUGCUGUUUGAGCGCUACAAGAGGGAGCAGCACGCGGUCCGCAACCGCCGCCUCCUUCGCCGCAUCAUCAACGCCACUGCGCUGGAGGAGCAGAACAACGCCAUGAAGGACCAGCUGAACCUGCAGAGUGUGGACAUCACCUCUCUGAGGGAGAGCCUGCAGGUGGAGCAGCACAGGUACCGGCAGCUGUGGGAUGACCGGGAAACCGUGGUGACCCGGUUACACAGCCAGAUCCGCCAGCUGCAGCAGGCCCGGGACGACUACUACACCCGCAACCAGGAGCUGCAGAGCAAGCUGCAGGAGUGCCAAAAGAAGAUGGAUGAGCUGGAGGCGGAGCUUCAGAGGGCCAACAACAAAGUUUGUCACACGGGUCACCUGCUCAACCAGAUGACUGUGAAGCUGAGCAACAGUGAGAGCACGCAGCAGCAGAUGAGCUUCCUGAACAAGCAGCUGCUGCUCCUGGGGGAGGCGCAUAAACUGUCCAUGCAGGAGCUGCAGAACGCCGGCACAGAUAACACAAAGCAGGAGGCCCGGAUGCUGCAGACGUCCUACGCUAAGGAGGUGGAGGCUCUGCGGCAGAGUCUGCUGGUUCAGGGGCAGAAACUGGAGGCGGCGCAGCAGAGAGUCUCUGAGCUGGAAACUCACCUUUCCAAGAAGGAGCACCUCAUUGCAGAGCAGAAGAAGUUCCUGGAAGAUGUCAAAUGUCAGGCUAAGGUGGAGCUGCAGGCCUCCGACAGCAGGUACUUGGUUCAGAGGACGAUCACGCAGCUGCUGCAGACCGAACUCCUGCAGCUCUACAGCCGGGUGGAGAUGGAGGCCCCUGCCAGCAGCAGCUUGCCCCCGGGGGGCAGGUCCGACCUGCACACACCCGCAGACCCCAGUGUGCUGGUUCCGGACGGGCCGGACAGAAACCACACCAGCCAGGAUCCGGAUGGCAGACCCCCCCAUGACUCUCCCCGGGGCAACGGCAGCACUUUAAUGCCACCAAAGGUCAGCGGCUUUUCCCUUUCUGCAGCCAGCUCCAUCAACGGAGGCCAGGACCCGCCCCCUCCCCUGCUGGUCGAGCCCCACCCACCCUGCCCUCAUUCCAAUCCUCUGGCGCCCCAGCCUGCGCCCGACACCCCCGUCACCGUGGGCUCGUACCCCAGCGCCAAGAGCUUCCUUGGCAUGCGGGCGCGCGAGCUGUUCCGCAACAAAAGCGAGAGCCAGUGUGACGAGGACCAGCCCCCCCGACGCCUGGCAGGCCUCGCCCACGGCCUGAAGACGGAGAUGUGCGUGGAGCCGCCCUGCCCGGGCUACACCGCCCCCCUCGACCCGGCGCCCUCGGCCGCUCCCACCUCACCCCUCAAAGCCUCUGGCCGCACCACGCCUCCCACCGCGCCCUCCAAACACCCCCCCACUGAGACCAAGCACCGGGCCUCAAGCCAGGAAAGCCCCCGCAGGAGGGCAGGCGGGGGUCAAGGGGGAGGCAGGGGUCAGAUGGGGUCAGGCCGCCCCCGGCAGCAACAGCUAAAAAUUAUGGACUAUAAUGAAACGCAUCAGGAGCACAGUUAAUGACAUCCAGAGAGCCGGCAGACGCCAACGUAACUGGGGGGAGGGGCCAAACAUAACCGGGGGGAGGGGCCAAGACAGACUUUUUAACAGGGAAGGAGCUUCAAACCUGCAGGAGUCCAUCAGUUUUAUCGUCCCGGUCCUGAGUGGACAGCAGGAUUCCCACAAGCUCCUCCUCUUUCUUUUUCUGGAACAACGAAUGACCCUGAAGGAUUCUGGGAAUGUCACAAAGCUAAAGGCUAAAACGUCGGGGAAGCCGCAGAAGGACGAGAAGCCUCCGUCAGUCUGACGCUCAAACUCAUCGCAGGACUCCAGUUUCUGUCUGAAACCAGGCUAUUGGCUUUGGUCUGACCGUGGAACACGUUCCUGACGCCACAGAUCCUCAGCAACUCUCACCGGAACACGCCAUUAUCCGGCUCCAGGGGGGUCAAAUCCGGUGACCAAAGCGAUAAAGGUUUUUUUUGUUUUGUGCCAGCGUGGAAGCAGCCUCCAAGUAAACAAAUGAUUGUCGCUUCUGGAAAACAUGUUUUCAGUUCUCCCAAGACCCCCACCCCGACAUGUCGCCAUGGAGACAGAUGUGACUAUUUUGGAGACGGUCAGCCGAGUUUUUUUUAACACGAGCACUUUAGUGAAGUGAAGUGAAGAGGAAGAUUUCCAUCCCAACCCUGCAGGAAUCUGCUGAUGCAGCCCGGAGGCCCAGCGGCACACGGGAAGGGAUGACAUCACAGUCAUUUCUUUCUCCACUUAUUUAUGUAUUUAUUGACUUUUUAGAAAAUUCCAGACCAGAUCAGUACGUCUCAACGAGAACCUUUGAGAGAAACGGCGUCCUCAUCUUCUUCCCUAAACCAGCUUGUGUCUGCGUCAGACGUAUUCGGACCGGCCGGCCCGUUCAGGCCUACGACAUUCAUGUUUUGUUUUUUGUUUUUUUUUGGAAGUGAAGCUGAAGGUUUGUCAGAAUCUUGUCGUCCACUGGGGAACUCCUGCUGUCACUUCCUUCUGCCUCGCUAUCUAAAGCAUGUUCAGCCGCCCUCCUUAUACGCCAACUGUAGAAGCUGCAGCAGAGCCGGACAGAAGGUACAAUCAGCACAAACCGCAGGAGCACGACUGGGAACACGGGACAACUCCACGAAGGAAAAACAACAAAAAACAAAAAAAAAGGAAGUUCUUAAAGCAGUGGCUUGUGUGUAACUGUGAACAAUAAAGAUCGUCUUUAAUGUUUUGCACUACAAA